AGUGUUGCCAGAAUUUUUUUUCACUGGCUCGAAUCGUGUGAAAAUCGUGUGAAACCGGAAAUUGUAACUUCAAAUGGCUAAGCGUACGGCGACUCGAGAAUUAAAUCACGACAACUGGAAUGACGAAGAAGAGGAGGAGGAGGCGGGAAGCUUCCAACAGGCUUCGGACGAGGCAUUAAAGGGCCGUGUGAUUAGACAAGCAAAAAGAAGGAUUGCAGGCAAUGAUGGAGAGGCGAAGAAGGGUUUUUCUGGGUUUGCUGGUUUUGGAGUUCGCACAGGUUCUGAACCCAGUAAAGCAUUCUCCAACUUUGCUAUCAAAGUACCAACUACUGUAGAAACAGGCAAGACAGAAAAUGGAGAAAAGACACCAACUGAUAAUGGGGCUAAUGAAAAAGAGUACCUUGCCAACCUAAAGUCUCUGAAUGAGACUGUUACAACAUGGAUUACAGACCAUGUAAAAAAGAACCCAUGCUGUGUACUCACUCCCAUCUUUCGAGAUUAUGAAAAGCAUUUGAAAGAUCUAGAAUCCAAACGAGCUUCACCAUCUUCAAAAGAAAACAUGACUACUGAACCUGGCAAGAUUGACAGUGAGAAGCUUGAAGACAAGAAAUUCCAAUUUGGUUCUGCAUCAGCAGAAGCUCCAAAACCCUCUUUCAGUUUCUUCGGCAAUGGGUCGACAGUUUCUACACCGGCCAAACCACCCUCAACAUUUUCAUUCGCUAGCUCAACGCCGACAACAGCACCAUCGAUUUCAACUUUUUCCUUUGGCGCCCCUGCUAAAAGUGAUCAAGAAUCAAAGACUCCGUUAUCGACAUUUUCGUUCAAGGCAUCCAGCACUAGUUCAACCACUAGUCCACCUUCUACCGGCGGGUUGUUUGCCUUUUCCGGCACUAAACCUGCUGCUACUACUACUACCGCACCAGCCUUUUCGUUCGGGUUUUCUAGUACUAAGCCGGCAACAGAAGUGAAAAAGGAAGAAGCGGAAGGUGGUAAAGACGGCGAGGAAGGAGAAGAUGAAGACGUUCCACCUAAAGUGGAAGUUAAAGAAGUCAAAGAGGAAGACGCCUUCUAUUCUAUAAGAUGUAAACUGUUUUACAAAAAGGAUGCCAAUUACACGGAAAAAGGUGUUGGCACAAUCCAUCUAAAGAAAGUCAAGGACGAUAAAACGCAACUGGUGAUCCGUGCCGAUACCUCGCUGGGCAACAUUCUUCUAAACAUCAUUUUAAACCCACAAAUAACGACCCAGCGAAUCGGCAAGAAUAAUGUCAUGCUGGUUUGCAUUCCCAACCCGCCUAUUGAUCCAAAAACGCCGCCUGUCCCGACACCCAUGCUCCUUCGUGUGAAGACGGACACUGAAGCCGAUGAACUCUUGGCCAAAUUGAACGAAGCAAAAAAAUGAUCGACUUGGGUCAGUCAUGCAUAAUUUGAGUUCUUUUUGUUUCUUCCAUUUUCUUGUGAUCCCCCAUUUCACUAUUUUAUUCAUUCAAUUAUUUUUUUACGAUCUGUACAAUAACAAUCCCCGUUUGAGACGACCGUGAUUUCACCACAGGCAAAUUUCAAAUCAAAUUCAAUACAAGUAAGAACCUAA